GUGCAGUGUUGACCUCAGUUCUAAACUCGUAAAUACACAAAUAAAAAUAAUAAUAACAAUAAUAAUAUAAGAAAAAUAUUGUGCACCCAAAUAAAAAUACCGUGUGAUCUGCUUUAUUGACAUUAAGAUUUUGCUGCUGAUUUGAAUGGGGAACUGUAAAAAUGCCGUAACAAAAACGGAAAUGUGUAAACACCUAAACGAAAACCACGGUAGGGCAUUAUUAACAACAACAAGGGAAAAGCACGAAUAAAAACUGCAAGCAACGAUUAAAAGACAUAUAAGAACGCUCUAGUUAAAUAAGCACACAUUCACCCACGUACAUACAUACACACAGAAACCGAUCGCCAUGUCACUACUACAGCCACCGCUGUGCACCCCAUCAAAGUUCUCCUUCAGCCUUUGGAAGAACGAUCCGCCUGAUAUUGUAGAUAUAAUAUGCCUAAUGCCGAAUGGUCUGGUGCUGCCUUUACGCAUGAGAUCGAUCGCAACAGUCCGUGAGGUAAAAGCAGAGAUGGUCCGAUCAGCCAAGCCCCGACCGCUUGGUUACUUGAUCAAGGAUGCCUGCGAUUACGUGGUCAGUGGCAUAUCGCCCUUCAGCAUCGAGCCCUAUAUAGAUGAGACAAAAAGACUGUGCGAGGUUCAACCUUACUUCUGCCUGCUGUGUCUGGGUGAGCGCACUGAUGCCAGCACCCUAUCCAGCGACUAUGAGCUAACGAAAAUGGUCAACACAAUGAUUGGCAAGCCAUUUGAUCACCAGAAUGCAAAAGUCACACCUGAGAUCGAUGACUUUCGGCAAAAGAUGUCCCAUAUUUCUGAAGAAAUCGAAGAGGAGCGCUUGCAGUACACAUGGCAGCAACACCUGCUCUACGAGCAUCCAUUGCGUCUGUCCACCUCAGCUGAAAUGCCCAAUCCCAUACGUCAACAACAUCCUAACUCGGCGUUUCUGAUCGUCGUUAAAAAUGAGAACGAUCAUUCAACAUUUACACUAUCGGUGUUGGAGAGCGAUACGCCGCACUCUUUAAUAGAAAGCGCGCUCCAGAAGAUGAAUCGCUCACAAAUGAAGAUUAACGAUCGCGCUUCCGACUAUAUACUUAAAGUGAGCGGGCGCGAUGAAUAUUUGUUUGGCGAUCAUCCCCUGAUACAGUUUCUGUACAUUCAGGAGGCACUCUCUGACUCUGCGGUGCCCAACGUAUUGCUGCUUUCGAUAAUACGCCUAGACUCCUAUAUUAACCAUCCCAAUCACAACGAGAGCAGCACGUUAAAACGAGCACCUAAGCCUAAACGCGAGAUUGCCCAUGGGCCGUUUCCACCUUUAACUGUGUGGGAUAUGGACGGUUAUUUCACACUAACUUUACACAUGAUCGGCAAUGUUAACUACGAUGGAGGGCGUGCCCUAAAGGUGGGCGUGGACGUGGGUCUAUACCAUGGCGAUCGAAAACUGUGCAUCCACCGCACUGUAGACUCGCCUAGUUGCAAUUCACGAAAUUAUACUUUCGACAAAAAGCUAGAAUUUGAUAUAUUAAUGCGAAACCUGCCGCGUAUGACAAGGGUAUGCAUUGUCAUAUUUGAGGUGACCAAAAUGUCGCGCUCGAAAAAGUCGUCGAACAACAAGGACAACGUUCUGAAGGAUAUCACGUAUAACAAUAACAAAAAUCCACUUGCCUGGGUUAACACUACACUAUUCGAUUACAAAGAUCGACUGCGGACAGGGAUCCAAACACUCUACACAUGGACCUAUGCCGACGAUAUACAAUCAGACGAAGUGUUUCAUCCGCUAGGCACCAUUGAGUCAAAUCCACGCAAGGAUGAGUGCGCCGUCGUGCACUUGACAUUCCUCCCCAAUGGCGCAAAAAGCUUACGUUUCCCCAGCGAGGAUACGGUGCUGAAAUAUGCGGCAGAUCGCGCCCAAUCCAAUCGCGAUACACAAUCACAGAGUGAAACUGUAAGGCCAUUGGCUGACCUUCUCAGCAACUACACAGGACUGGACAAAAUCUACGAAAUGCAUGACCAGGAUCGUAAUGCUAUAUGGGAGUACAGAUAUGAAAUACAACAUGAAUUUCCGGAGGAGCUCUCAAUACUAUUACACUGCGUAUAUUGGAAAGAGCGUGAUGAUUUUUCCGAAAUUUGGUAUCUACUGAAACAGUGGCCAGUCAUCUCCUCUGAACGGUCACUUGAGCUUCUCGAUUAUGCUUAUCCCGAUCCGGCUGUGCGUAAAUUUGCUAUUAAGUGUCUGCAAAAUCUAAAAGAUGAGGAGCUGUUGCUCUACUUGCUACAGCUGGUCCAGGCCAUUAAACAUGAGUCCUACUUGGACAACGAACUAGUUGUGUUUCUAUUAAAGCGGGCGCUUCGCAAUCAAAGAAUUGGUCAUUAUUUCUUUUGGCAUCUGCGCUCGGAAAUGACAACGCCCUCGGUGCAGACGCGCUUUGGUCUGCUGCUUGAGGCUUACCUAAAAGGCUGUAAACAUCAUGUGACGCCGCUGCGCAAACAGGUGCAGGUGCUGGAGAAGCUAAAGCAAGGAUCCGUGCUCGCUAAGAAGGGCAAUAAGGAAAAGGUUCGGAAUUCACUGCUACAGUUCUUAAAGGAUCCGCGAAACACAAGCGUCUUUAAGAAUAUCAAGAAUCCGUUGAAUCCAAGCUUUCGAUGUAACGGCGUCGCACCAGACAAAUGCAAAGUAAUGGACUCCAAAAUGCGCCCACUUUGGGUGGUGUUUGAGAAUGCAGAUUCAACGUCGAACGAUGUAUACAUCAUUUUCAAAAAUGGUGACGACCUGCGACAGGAUAUGCUUACGCUGCAAAUGCUGCGCGUCAUGGAUCAGUUAUGGAAACGCGAAAACAUGGACUUCCGCAUGAACAUCUACAAUUGCAUAAGCAUGGAACAACGUCUGGGCAUGAUUGAAGUGGUGCGCCAUGCCGAGACUAUAGCUAAUAUUCAAAAGGAGAAGGGCAUGUUCUCGGCCACGUCGCCAUUUAAAAAGGGCUCACUCCUCAAUUGGCUGAAAGAACACAACAAGCCCGAUGAGAAACUGAACAAGGCCAUUGAAGAGUUUACUCUCAGCUGUGCUGGCUACUGUGUAGCCACCUAUGUCCUCGGCGUCGCCGACCGCCAUUCGGACAACAUAAUGGUGAAGCGCAAUGGCCAACUUUUUCACAUAGACUUUGGGCACAUACUCGGCCACUUCAAGGAAAAGUUUGGGGUGCGACGAGAACGUGUGCCCUUUGUGCUCACACACGACUUUGUCUAUGUUAUUAACAAUGGCAACCUUGAGCGCGACUCAAAAAAUUUCACCCAUUUUCAAAAAUUGUGCGAAGAGGCCUUUUUAGUUUUACGCAAACACGGCUGCCUUAUUUUAUCACUCUUCUCAAUGAUGAUUUCAACGGGCCUACCGGAAUUGUCCUCAGAGAAGGAUUUGGAUUAUCUGCGCGAGACUUUGGUGCUGGAUUACACGGAAGAGAAAGCGCGAGAACAUUUCACAGCGAAAUUCAGCGAAGCCUUGGCCAACUCCUGGAAAACUUCACUCAACUGGGCCUCACACAAUUUCUCAAAAAACAACAAACAGUAAAACGAUACCCACAACGAAAUAAUAGCUGCAAAUUUUAAUUAGUUUCGGCACUCCGCAAUUAGUCUUUUAUGAUACUUAUCUGCUUCUACAAAAAACGUAGUACAACUUUACAUAAACCGAGUUCAAAACAAUGUGUUCACUAUGUUAGGCCAAAAUACACACACACAGCCCCAUAUAAAAUACAUGCAAUACCAUUACUUUUGACUGCAGCUAUAUUAUUUGUAGUCAAGUAAAUGCAUAUACGUACAUGUAUAUACAUAUUUUAUAUACAAGUUUUUGGUUGCUAUAUUUUGAUAAAAUUACGCUUAAACUGUUGCGUUCAUCGAAUUGCAAAUUGAAUUGAAUUGUUUCAAAAUGCGCGAAUUUCACAUAACACAUUCAACCUAUUAAAGCACAACCACACUAUAUAAAGAUGUAAAAAACGAAGAGUUUAUUUCUAUACUAAAGUUCAAAAAUAUAUAUUAUUGUAAUUAAAAUUGCGAGGUUAAGUUAAGAAAAUUGUAUCCUAUUAUCAUAUAUUAAUUGUAUAAUUAUUAAUAAGCUCUAGCAUCCUUCUGUAUUUGUAAGUUAACGUUUUUUAUUAUGCUUAUUGUCGAAUGUGGCAAAGAAAAUAUUGUUUUGGUGUUUUGUGAUGUUAUGUUAUUAUUAUAACGUAUUUUGUAUAUGGCUGGAAAGAGAAAAACAAUUCAAAUAUGCGAUGUAUACGCGUAUAUUAACCUACACUUUAUAUUAUUGUCGUACUAUUUAAGUCGGAUAAUUAACCUAUAAACAUAUAUACACACCUAUACAUUUAUAUAACUGUAACCGAAUCAAGAAAUAAAA